AUGGCCAUCGAUAUGGAUGUGCAUGAACUAUUGGUUAUGGGAGAUUCCGACUUGCUUAUUCGGCAAGCCCAAGGCGAAUGGGAGACUCGAGACAUCAAGCUUAUUCCGUACAGACAAUGUGUGCAAGACUUGAGCAAAAGAUUCAAAUGCAUCGAGUACAGGUACAUUCCCAGGUUUCACAACGAGCUAGCCGAUGCCUUGGCUAAUUUAGCCCUGAUGCUCCCUUAUCCAGGAAACACUCAUAUUGAUCCACUAGAAAUACAAGUUCGGAAUCAACACGGUUAUUGCAAUACAAUUGAGAAAGAACCAUAUGGUGAACCAUGGUAUCAUGACAUAAAACAAUUCCUGAAAACAAGAGAAUAUCCAGAGCAUGCCAAGGGAGAUCAAAAAAGAACUAUAAGGCGGCUUGCCAGUGGUUUCUUCCUGAAUGGGGAAAUUCGACAGCUCAAGAGGGAAAGGCGCGGAACCGUCGACUACACCGUUGAUCGAUUGGUUUUACCAUAA